UAUUCUAUUUUCAAGGUGGAAUCCGUGGAUGCAGAAUCCGUGGAUAUGGAGGGCCGGCUGUACAGUCUAAGCAAAGCCUUGAAAGGCGUCCUGCGGCUGGGAGGACCUUUGGAAAGGGCUGUGCAUGGCCGAUCAUGUCUACAGUAUCCAGCAGUAUUCCUUAGAAUGGCUGCCCCCAAUCCAGAUGAGCUGAAGAGCCUCCGGGAAGAUUUCCAGAAAAAGAAUCAAACCUGUUUCAUUCUGGGUGCCUCUGGUGAAACUGGGAAAGAACUACUGGCCGAGAUUUUGAGACAGCACUUGUUCUCCAGGGUGACACUCAUUGGACGUCGGAAGCUGGAUUUGGAAGGGCAGCUCUAUGCCAGUGUGUCCCAAGAGGUUGUAGACUUUGAGAAACUGGAUGAAUCAGCUGCUGCUUUUCAAGGCCACGAUGUGGGCUUCUGCUGCCUGGGGACAACCAGAGCCAAAGCUGGAGCGGAUGGAUUUGUGCGUGUUGAUCGGGACUACAUUGAGCACUCUGCAAAGCUAGCCAAAGCCGGUGGUUGCCGCCAUUUUGUCCUGCAAUCAAGCAAGGGGGCCGAUAGCUCCAGCAGCUUCCUCUACCUCAGAGUUAAGGGUGAAGCUGAGGCCCGAGUCCAAGCAAUUGGCUUUGACCGUUGUUCCAUAUUUAGGCCAGCGGUGCUUCUGUGUGAUCGCCAAGAAUCUCGGCCUAGUGAGUGGAUGACCAGGAAAGUUCUGGGAAUCUACGCAUGCAUCUCUCCCACAACUAUGACGAUUCCCACAGUGACGGUGGCCCAAGCCAUGAUCAACAACGUGGUCAUGCCAGGAAAGGAUGGGCAGAAGGUGGAGAUAUUGGAAAAUGCAGCCAUACAUGCACUCGGAAAGACAAAAUAAUUGAGAGGCCUGCUUCCCAGGCAACACAUUAGUGAAAGGUGCCUUAUCAACUCCAAGUCCUAAUUGUUGCUAUUUUUAUUUCCCGUAAAAGAUGUUCUUGAAGCAGUGAGAUCUUUCCUUGAAGGUCACCAUGGUAACAAACCCCAUACUUCGUCAGGAUACAGUCAUCCCUCCACAUUUGCAGUUUUGACUUUUCCAAAUUUGAUUUUAAAAAAAAUGCUUUCUCUGCUUCUUUCGGUGUUACUCUACCUCCUCCACUCAUGUUGGGGAACCUGGAGAUUUUUAGAGAAAACAUUUUGCUGGGAGUCCCUAGGUUCUCCAGUGUGAUUUGGUGGCCAGCUUCCAGUGAAAGUUGGGCGUUGAGUCAUACUUGGAGACCUAGAGAUACCUAUAAAAGCGUUCUCUCAGGGGGG